AUGUCCGUGCCGAUGCCUCGCAAUGAGACGGCUUUGAAGUUGGACGACGCGCAACCUGGUCUAAGGGAGACCUCGAUAUCGGAAGGUGAUAAGGGCCGUCAUCGAGUAGACAUCGAGGGAUAUGGAUCUCCAAUGGACACUGAGAGUCCCGAAGGAGGGGCCUCCCACUUUCAAUCUUCCUCCGGCACAACCUUCAAUUCCGUGACCUUGAACCAUCUCGUCAGCACCUCCAACGUCUCCCUCUGCGGCCCUUCCCUUGUGAUCCCCGCGGUCGUCUUAGUUCAGUUGUAUACCAACUCCACCUUCCUGGGGGAGAAGGAUACCGAGAGUGAGGCGAAUGGGAAGGGGGCGAUAUGCUGGCGCUGGGUGCGGGUGCUGGUGCUGGAGAAAGAGAAAACGGAGGGCGUCGAGGAGGAUUUCUUGAUGGAGACGAAGGCAUCAAUACGGGUGAAUUUUUUGGGUUAUGCUUGA